AUGGAGAAGCAUGUUGCAGAGAAACAUGUUGCAGAGAAGCAUGUUGCAGAGAAACAUGUUGCAGAGAAGCAUGUUGCAGAGAAGCAUGUUGCAGAGAAGCAUCUUGCAGAGAAGCAUGUUGCAGAGAAGCAUGUUGCAGAGAAGCAUGUUGCAGAGAAGCAUGUUGCAGAGAAGCAUCUUGCAGGGAAGCAUGUUGCAGAGAAGCAUGUUGCAGAGAAGCAUGUUGCAGAGAAGCAUGUUGCAGAGAAGCAUGUUGCAGAGAAGCAUGUUGCAGAGAAGCAUGUUGCAGAGAAGCAUCUUGCAGAGAAGCAUCUUGCAGAGAAGCAUCUUGCAGAGAAGCAUCUUGCAGAGAAGCAUGUUGCAGAGAAGCAUCUUGCAGAGAAGCAUGUUGCAGAGAAGCAUGUUGCAGAGAAGCAUCUUGCAGAGAAGCAUCUUGCAGAGAAGCAUCUUGCAGAGAAGCAUCUUGCAGAGAAGCAUCUUGCAGAGAAGCAUCUUGCAGAGAAGCAUCUUGCAGAGAAGAAACAGGAGAUUGCAAGGGUCAACAGCACCGAGCAGGUAAGGCCAGAGACUCACCUGCUGCUCACCUGUGAUUUGCAGGAUGAGUCAGCACUGCAUUUGCUGCCUUGCCUCACCUUAGUGCAGAGGAUUAGCUUAGAGUUAAAAUUAUUGGUUCUAGGAUGGCAUUUUGGACUCUAUGGACUUUGA